AUGGGAAAGCUCCGGGGCCAGAACACAGGCCCGCCGGCAGCCGCCGCCUCCCUCCGCUUCGCCGCGCUCCUCAAGUCGUGCGGCCGCACCGGUGACAUCCGCCGCGGCCGCGCGCUCCAUGCGCGCCUCUUGCUCACCGGCGCAGCUGCCACGUCCACCUUCCUCGCCAACCACCUCAUCACCAUAACUCCAUGCACCACACCACGACGCGCCGCCUUCGCCAUCAUCAUGCCGCAGCGUGCAUCGCCGCCCCCACGCAGUCGCAGCUCUCAAGUCUUGCGUCAUGCCGCUGCGCCUCUCUCGCCCAGCGCCCCGGCCUUGAAGGCCCUUCGCACUCAGAUCGGCAUCAGGCUUGGCUUUGACACUGAGCUCUUCGUCGCGAGCAACCUUGCGGACAUGUACUCCAAGUGCGGGCUCCUUGACGAGGCGUGCAGGGCUGGGUUUGAACUGGAGACUGUUGUGAGGAAUGCGCUAUUGGACAUGUAUGCUAAGUCUGGGGAUUUGGAGAGUGCCUCUCGUGUGGUGAAGAUUGAUCCUGGAGGUUGGAAUGUUGUGUUAGGCACCUCACUGAUUGACGGUUACAUUGAGGCUGAUCGUAUUGAGGAGGCUCUUGAGACGUAUACUGAGUUGGGGAGGCAAGGUGUCGAGCCCAAUGAAUUCACUUUCACGAGCAUGAUUAAGGGCUGUGCCAUGCAAGAUCUGCUCGAACAAGGUGCUCAGCUGCAUGCUCAAGUCAUCAAGACAAGUUUGAUCAGUGACUCAUUUGUUGGUUCCACCCUUGUGUAUAUGUAUGGAAAAUGUGGCCUCAUAAGUUUGUCCCUUCAGUUAUUUAAUGAGAUUGGAUACCACACUGAGGCCGCCUGGAAUGCGGUUAUAAAUGUAUAUGCACAGCACGGUCAUGGUUGGGGGGCAAUCCAAGCUUUUGACAGGAUGACUGCAAGUGGUAUCAGGCCAAAUCACAUUACAUUUGUCUGCCUCCUGACUGCAUGCAGUCAUGCUGGAUUAGUGGACGAAGGACUGGAAUAUUUUUACUCUAUGAAGGAUGCACAUGGUAUUGAGCCUAAAGAGGAGCAUUAUUCAUGUAUCAUUGAUAUGUAUGGUCGAGCUGGGAGACUAGAUGAAGCAGAAAAAUUCAUAAGUGAGAUGCCUAUCAAACCCAAUGCGUAUGGUUGGUGCUCCUUGCUUGGAGCAUGCCGGAUGCGAGGAAACAAGGAGCUGGGAGAGGUUGCUGCGCAGAAUCUUAUGAAGCUUGAUCCCGAUAACACCGGUAUUCAUGUAUCCCUUUCUGGGAUAUACGCAUCAUUGGGCCAAUGGGAGGAUGUGAAAUCAGUCAGGAAGUUGAUGAAGGAUAGCAGUAUUAAAAAACUGCCCGGUUUUAGCUAG